GUCAGUGUCACAUUCCUCGAUUUUGACGUCUAUGAGCACUUGGAAAUUGUGAAAUUAUUAUCACUUUUAUCAUCAGUCUUAUCACCAUUUGAUUCUUCUCAAAUAUGCACGAAAAAGGAACCACACAAUGUGACGUAAAGGAAUCCUACUAUUCCUAAUUCUCACUACUAAUACUAAACGCACCGACAACAUUGUGAAAAUAUCGUCGCCAUUGUUGCUCCAUUAUCUUUCUGUCAGUGUUGAAUCUGUGGUUGAAUUUCAUUUCAGAAGGGGAGUGUUCAAUACUCGAAAAGACGAUAAUCAGAAAAAUACAAAAGUUCCAAUAAAUGCAUUUUCCUAAAUUACCUAUAGUGAAAUAUGAAGUGUUCCUGUUUCCCAAGAAAGAAAAUUAGUGUAGUGAAUAAUAUUUUUUGUUGUUAAAAAUACUAGUGUCUUGAGAAGACCUUUGUUUCAAUUUUGUGAUAAGACAACAUUACAAUAAUAAUUAUGGAGGCCGUUGCAAAACAUGAAUUCAAUGCCACAGCUGAUGAUGAGCUUAGUUUCAGAAAAGGGCAAGUUCUCAAAAUUCUGAAUAUGGAGGAUGACAUGAACUGGUACAGGGCUGAACUAGAUGGUAGAGAAGGACUGAUUCCCAGCAACUAUAUAGAAAUGAAAUCACAUGACUGGUAUUAUGGACGAAUUACGAGAGCUGAUGCUGAGAAACUAUUGUUGAAUAAACAUGAAGGGGCCUUUUUAAUUAGAAUUAGUGAGUCCAGUCCUGGAGAUUUUUCAUUAUCAGUGAAAUGCUCUGAUGGUGUGCAACAUUUUAAAGUUUUACGUGAUGCGUCAGGAAAGUUUUUCUUGUGGGUGGUCAAGUUCAAUUCCUUGAACGAACUCGUCGAAUAUCACAGGACUGCUUCCGUUUCACGAUCUCAGGAUGUGAAGUUGAGAGACAUGGUUGCUGAAGAGGAAUCGCCUAUACUUAUGUUUGGGCAAAAUGGAUUCAUGCCACCUGUCUACCGUCCGCAACCGUUUGUCGGUGCAAUGAUUUAUGGGAAAGCAAAAAACGCAAUGUUGGCCUAUAAUCACAAACUGAUUCCAGUAAGUGAACUAUAUUCUAGCCAAAUAGCCAUUGACCAAAGCCCUUCAUCAUGUGAAAUUUUAAAUUCCAUAAUAAAACAUUUUCAAAGUACCCAAUGAUAAUUAAAUAAGUAAUUUCGCUAUAUCUGAUGAGAAAUCCAGUAAGGCAACUCGAAUUUUGCAUUUAUAGUUAACUUCAUGUUUUUAUACCUCAUAUUGUGCGCUUAUAACCGCAAGUUAUAGUGCAAUAUUAGUACAGUAUCGGCUGCGUAUAGUGAGUAAAUAGAAAUAAAAUUAUAGUAGUUAGGAUUGUAUUCUCGAAUGUUCUCAUAGUUGAUACAAAGAUGGUGGACUGAAAUAUCAACCAGCAUAGUCACAAUUCCUAUCUCCCUAUCACUUAGGUGCACAAUCGCUCGACUGGAUUUGUAUUAUAUCUUCUCCGAAGAUGGUUUUCCUUAGCAAAAUAAAAGUUAGACAUGUACAAAUUUCUUAGCGAUAUUCAACAUGGAGUGCACCCAAUGUAUGUUUGAAUGAAUGCAAAGGAACUACUCUCAUUGAGUACUUAUCUUAGUAUGCUCUGCAAGCUCAACUUUUGCACAGUUCGAUUGGUCUAAAUUUGUGACCGUCUUACUCUCUAGCCGUAACCACUAAUCGCGGUCGUUUGCGAAUAUAGGUUGUGCUUCCUGCCUUGAAUUUUUUUACAUACCAUAUCGAUCAAUCAGCCAAACAAAUCGCCAAACUUGAGUUCGAUAAUUUGGUACCCAAAUGGGGUUUCCACCUGGAAAGUUUUCUGGGAAUUUUGAGAAUCAGCAUUUUCAUAAGUUUUUACGUGCCCUUUGGAGUUUAUAUGAAAUCGCGUUAUAGCACUGUGUGAACAUGCCCGAAUGACGUCAGCAGAAUGGUGAAGGAGUAGAAAUCGAUUUCUUUAAUUUGUUCUGACAUAAAAUCUGAGUCUUCUCAUAGAAAUAAAAAAUCUCGAUAUAGGAAACUUCCCCAUUGAAUAGUACAGGUGAAAACUAUUUCGCAUCCCCGCUAUAAGACUGUCACAACUCCAUAUUCCGUACAUUUCAGGAGACUUAAAACAAAGCUGAAUGAUCUAUAUGGUUUUACAUUUCUUGUUAUAUCUCGGAAACGGGUGGAUAUUUGGGUAAACUUGUAUCAACAUAGUUAAUUUGCAAUUCAAUGACAAAAGUAUCGAAAUAGGAAAAUUUCCACAACAUUCUUAAACACACAUGUUUCGCUAACACAGUAGCUUCGUUAGGUGAUAUACUGGUACAAUGAACUAAACCAACCUUGGCUUGCUUUCGAAUACAACGGUUACAGCAUUUUAUGAGAGCUAUCACCUAAAAUUAUUUUCAUAUCUAUAGGAUGUUCGAAUUCCAAGAUAUCGGCUGAUGAUGGGGUUUUUCAAUGGGACACCCUGUAUAUUAUUGCAUUUUUUAAUUUUUCCUGAAGAGCUAAUUUCAUCAAUGUAUCACACUUGGAAUCUAGCGGAACUGAUUACAGAGAUAUUGGGUGUUCAGAAUCGAAAAUGUUCAAAUUUGGGAUUUUUUGUGUCAGAACUAUUCAUUAUUGGUCGAAACGGCUUACAUGUCCCUAUCUUAACGUUUGAUUCACUAUCUACUGAAAUUUAAUUGGAAUAGAUACAGGGUGAUCAGAAAUCUUGAAUUUUGGGUUGGCAUUCUUUGACACGGAUAGUUCUAUCAUGGCGUUUUUGUAGGACAUUCCUAAAUUUCUUAAACGCUCAAUUUGAUUUUGUUUCUUUCCAUUUUUGAGACUCAGCUGAUCGCUUUCCAGUUUUUUGGGUAGUUCGGGAUUUUCGUGUUAAUCGGUUGUAAAAAAGUGGGUUUUCGCCAAUACUCUGUGUGCUGAAACUUUUAAUUUUCCCAAAAAUGAAUAUAAAAUUAUAAAUUACAGAAAAUUUCCUCUAGUUCAAUUUGUCACAUAACUUUUCUUAUCGUGAAAUUAGUCGGAAAGGAGAUGUUGUAAGUAAUGCGUAAUUAGGCGUUAUUUUUUCCAAAAUUUUGACGCGCGCGGCAAUGAUACAAGGUGGCAAAGUAAAAAUUCGAAAACGGCACAUUGUAAUUGAUGAAAAUACCAAUUCUCAAAAUUUCCGGAAAACUUUCCAAGUAAAACUUCCAUAUGACCGGACUUGCUUGGUGUCAUGAAGAAACACAUCAGGGGUUAUAUUGUCUGUGGCAGAUUUUUGUUGAACCUAUUGAUAAUUACGCUCAUAUAGUUAUUAAUGCAGUAGCAAUGUAAAGUUUAUACAAAAAAUAAUACUUGAAUUUUUACCCUAUCUAUACAUGUCUAGUUUUAAGAUAUUUUCCUAUUUUGUUUUUAAUGAUCCCAUAAUUUUUCUUUAUUACUUUGUAUACAAUUUUAUUGAAAAUCGAAAGGUUUAACUAUUUGAAAUAUCAGAAAGAGUUUAUUGUGUGGCAUUCUAUUGUUUUUUUGUUAUAAUUUCACUUGCAUUAACUUAACGAUUCUUCAACGAAUGAAACAUGAAAAAUUUUUCAAGAACAAAAAGUAAUCUGUCCACAAGUUGAAUUAAAAUAGUAUGUACGAAAAAAAUGUCUCGUUGCUUUCUUUGUUGUAUGUUUUAUAUUUUUUUCAAGAUGCCAUCAUAGAUUGUCUAUAUUAAUUAAUGAUUAGUAUAAUAUUGUUUAUCAUAGUUGAUGUAUGCAUAUUUUAUUAUUAGACGUAUUUCUGUAUAUAAUAUUUGGCUUGGAAAACUACCAAAUUUUCUUUCUAUUUUCUUUGAUAUUUUGGCAAUUGCUGGCUUCCGUCAGAUUUUUAUGUAAAUACUAACUGAACUGUAGUGCAACAUAUUGAGUAAAUAUAUGUUAUAUACUUAG